ACUACCCUGACAGGACCCUAUUUCUGUUUAUUUCUUCUCGCGCUUGUAGCACUUUUGUUUCGCUUUUCUUCUCAGUACCCGUGCGGCUCUUCUUGUCGAAGUGGCUGUUCGUGCUGCAUAUGGCCGCAAGUGAGACAUGAUGACACGAGUGCUCGUCCCGCCCCGCGAGACAACGAGGUUGAGUGCCUCGCUUUUCCAACACAGUAAACCUGCCUUAGUGUUGUACUCACAGAAAGCUCGACGACUCAAGAAGAGAGUAGCUUGCCCGGUUUGAAGCUCGCGCGAAAUGGUGUCUGGCAAACCGCAAGCCUGCGCAGACUGACUUUUGUACCGACAAGGGCAGUACCAUUGGCCUGUGAGCCAGAGGCGCAAGCCGUGGAUUCUGAUGCCUAUCUCUAUGCUGUUCGUGGUCAUACCUGCUCUGGUCUCGCUCGCAUUGCCCGGCCCUGUACUCGCCGCCCCCGCACGGCUGUGGCGUUUUGUGUGUUUGAAUCCUGCCGGGACGGAGUGGAAGUUUUGCCAAUUCGCAAUGUACACCGACACGGCCUGCAGUAGCUCCGUUUACGACGCCUCGCAGGCCAGCAAUCCGAUGACGGAAGUGGACUUUAAUGGGCAGCUCACUCAGCAGGACCCCGUGGAGUCUCAGGCAACGACUGUCCGUGGCCCAUACACUGCUGCGAAUUCUUACUUUGGCGUCACGCUGUCCUCGGCUUUAGAAAUCAACUGCGUGAAGCUGAACAACAAUAUUUGCGUGGAUUCGGGCUUUUCGCAGAUAAACACCGUGUGCACCUCGGGAUACCACCUGAACUACGCAGAUGGCGGGGAAUGGAAGACGCAUGGCACUUUUACGACCCAUUCCACGUACCAAACGGCAAAACAGUUCGUCGUAGGAGGUGGAGCUCCUGCUCCGGUGCCUAGCCCCACACCGACGCCAUCACCAGGUGUGCCUAAUGUGUUUUGCGCUACCUUCGUAGACAUGAACAUGAAAAACAAGGGCUCGGUUUUGGUUUGUGAUUGUGUGGCGAUUCAUGCGCGGCUUGAAGGUGGUUCUGAGGAUUACUGCACUUUCGUACUGCACACGAUUACUGUGCGUGGGUGCAGCGAAAGGGUCCAUGAUCCCAUGAACACAUUGCUCUGUUAAUGCUCAUUUUAUUUUUCCAACAGGAGCGCCAUCUCCCACACCAACUCCAACGCCAACAGUGGGUAACAACGCACCGACCUGGACAGUGACCAAUCCCGAUCCAGCUAAUCCGACCAACGUGCAAAACACUGGUCUAGUCAUACGAGUCUCCUUCAACGAGCGCGUGACGGCAACUGGCGGUUUUGCCCGACUCUACCUCGCAAACUCGGUGGUGCAAAGCGAGUCGUUGACCAAUACGAUGUCUAACCGUGUCGGGAUUGGUGGCGGGGUGAUCACUGUGAUUUGGUGGACGUUGAGCAGUGCCUUGUUGCCGAGCACGCAAUACCGAUUCGAAGUGAACCGUAUGGAUGUACAGGACCUAAGCGGCGAUCCCCCGGCCAGCGACAUCACGCUGACCUUCACAACAGCGGCGACAGCGACUACCGGCACUGGCACUGGCACUGGCAGCACGCCGACGGCCAAGACGCCCGCGCCAACAGCCGGGGGAAUCCCUGCCACUGAAGCCGACGACGAAGACGACGGCGACGGCGGCAUGAUCGCGCUGAUCGUCAUCCUCGUCUUCGUUGGCCUCGCCGCGGUGGCAUACCUCGCCAGGAAGCUGUGGAUGGCCCGGGAUGCACAACAAAGCCGACAAGCGGAGCGGCCGUAUGGAAAGGUGGUCACGCCUGCGGGGACCUUCCAGGAAGAAUCAACAGCGAAGAACAAGUACCGCAAGGGGGAGACUAACGCGACGAUUCCCCCUGAGGAUCCGGUAGAUGAUCUAAUCAACGGUGGUGCGAAGCAGGAACGAGCGACGUACCGUGACAAGGAAUCCUUUGAGGAGCUUCGAUAUGCAUUGCAAAAGUAUCGAUCCAUCGAGGAUUACACAGCAACCGCAUUCAUCUGAUGUCAACAAGGACGAAAAAAAGUGCAUGAUGAUUAAUACUGUAAACGGGAAGACUAGCCUAGUGCAGUAUAUCGCAAUUGUGGCGCUAUGAUCAUGUUGGAUUGCAAUACUUUUGUGCAGGAUAUAGCAAAACGCAGAGAGAAAGAAUUUGAAGAGCGACGGGCGAAGGAGCAUGCGCGGAAGGUGCAAGAAAACGAGGAGAAGAAGCAAAAGCGAACGACGCAAGACGACAGCAGUGCUGACAGAGGCCGACAGCGGAUGAACGCGGAGAAAAACCGCAGGUCGUCCUCUGCGGAAGAGCAGGGCGGGCCGAAAUUCAACGCGAAUGCUUGGAACGCGAAGGGGGCGCGGAAGGCGUACGGGCGGAAGCGGUCAAACAGCGAGACGAUUGACCCAGAUACAGAAUUUCUGGCCGAGGCGAACGAGGGUGAGGAGGUGCUGCGGAUCACCACGAGCAUCGCGCAGGACUUUCGGAGACAGAAGACGGAGGCGAUGGAUAGCCGGAAGAAAACCAUGAAGUUUUUGAAGUUGAAGUGGCAUCCAGACAAGAACUCGGACCAACCCGAGCUAGCCAAGAAAAUCUUCCAGUUCAUUAUGGAGCAGGAGGAGAAGUUCUUAGCGCUCGGUGCAGAGAACGCAAAACAAGGCACGGAUGCAUGAUAAUGGCCGAGCCUCGUCAAGGUCCACAUUGAACUUCUUUUGCACAUCUUGACUGUAGUAGAAGCAGAACGAGGUAGAAUGCAUCCUCGUGCUUCGUAUGUUAUGAUUUCUUGAUCGCGGUCGCGCGUCGACGUCGUACUGAGUAUAGUAAAACCAGUCUGUUUGUUCGAGAAAACAGUACAGAUAGAAAUGAGUGGUGCAGCUGCAGCUUGGUGCUAAAAUAGAUGCUAGAAGAGGGUAAGACGAGCUGCGGUUGCAAUGUCAAGAUUAAUACAUCGGCAUGUAGUGUUUUCCGCUGACCUAUAUAAAUCUAAAGAAAACUACUCGCAUGUUCAUGUGCUGUUCUUCCAUAAUUAUCUAUCACCGUCCUCGGAGGGCUGCCAGUGCCGGUCUGAAUUUGCAAUUCGGCAAAGCUGCAUUUACUUGUUACUGACAUAAGUACUACUUUACCUCUCGGCAAAAGGCUACACCACAUAACAUUUCUUUUGGAGCUCCCAGAUGCGCCGCGAGUACGCAGAUGCGAGUGUGUGCUGGUAAGUAUUGCCUCGUCGUUGUAGUUGUUCUUCUUUGUUCCAUGUAGCGGUUUACCUGCUGUCGGCCUCAGAGGAUGAAAUUGUUCUAUGAUCGAGGUCGUUUUUUUUUUGUCUCUGCAGCUAAGUGUUUGCUCUUGCAGAUAGCCU